CAUUUUUCACAUGCUUUUUAAGUCUUGCAGUCCGUCAAAUAAAUUAUAAUUUGGCCAAGGUCUUGAAAAUUCCCCCCCCCCCCCCCCUUUCAGCUUUUUACAGCUUGGAGGGCUGAUGCAUCCAAAAUUAACAGUUUCAAUGAUGGGGAAGAUGCGCCUCAUCCACAAAGUUUUGCGCCCACACACAACACUCACUCAGGGUCGGUCUAUCAGCUGUAUAUGCAUCCAUCAAAUCCAUGAAGAUAACCUCUGUUUGAAACCUGCGGGAGUCAGGACACUGACAAACUACUGCCAUUAAAGAAGCUGCAAUGGGAACUUUGACUGCUACUUCCCUUUCAUUAUCAUCAUCGCACCUUAAUUUGAUCACAAGAAGACCCUUUGGAAGAAAGAUUAAAAAUCCAAUCUUGCAUUAUCCGUUUAGCUAUCAACAACCCACCAAUUUACAUCUCCCUUCAUAUCAGUUCAAGAAAGCAAAAUUCGAGCUUUCCACGGCCAUCUCUUCCACGGAUACUGUGCCAGCGGCUGAUCAAUCAUUCAAAGACGCUUCGUUUGGUCAAGAAACUGAGACUUCAGAAAAAGAUGAGAAAUUUGAUUGGUACGCACAAUGGUAUCCUGUGAUGCCUGUUUGUGAUCUUGACAAAAGGAGGCCACUUGGGAAGAAAGUGAUGGGAAUUGAUAUUGUUGUGUGGUGGGAUAGGAAUGAGAAUGAUUGGAAGGUGUUUGAUGAUACUUGUCCUCAUAGGUUGGCUCCUUUGUCUGAAGGAAGGAUUGAUCAGUGGGGCAGGUUGCAGUGUGUUUAUCAUGGUUGGUGCUUUGGUGGAUCUGGCGAUUGCAAGUUCAUUCCUCAAGCACCCCGAGAUGGUCCUCCGAUCCAUACUUCUAGCAAAGCAUGUGUAGCUGCAUAUCCAAGUUGUGUGCAAAAUGGCAUUCUUUGGUUUUGGCUUAAUGCUGAUAGCCAGUACAAAGACAUAUUUUCGAAGGAAAAGCCUCCAUACAUCCCGGAAAUUGAUGAUCCAUCCUUUACCAGUCAGAUGAUCACUAGAGAUAUACAAUAUGGGUACGAGGUUCUGAUUGAAAAUCUUAUGGACCCUUCUCAUGUUCCGUAUGCACAUUAUGGCAUAAUGAGAGCCCCACAGCGCUCAAAGAGUGUUAAGGUUGACAGGGAAGGAGGCAGACCACUUGAGAUAAGGGUAAAGACAUUAGACAAAAAGGGUUUCACUGCAAAAUCAUCGACAAUUUCAGAUAACAUAUUUAUUCCACCUUGUGUUUUUUAUUCCUCCGGGUCAUUAGGAGGCAAUCCAGAUAAUAUAUCUGCUUCACCAGCUGGAACCACAGAGUGCAAUCUAGCAUAUAAAGGGCUCAAUGUACUAGAGAUUGUGUUGCAAGUCUUCUCUCUUGCUUCAAUUGGAAUUGUUGCUGCUGCAAAACAGGGUGCACUAUCCGCAGCAGCAAGAAGCACUCUGGUCUCAGUGGCUAUUAUCAGCUUUUUGGUUUCCAAGUGGUUAUCCCACUUUGUUUACAAAAACUUCCAUUUUCAUGACUAUGAUCACGCAUCGCGCUGAGAUACAUGUGUCAGCUACUUAACAAAGAGUUUUAGAUGAAACAGAUGACAGGAAAAAUAUUCAUCAGUGUCUUUGUACAUAUAUCACUUAGAAGCAUUUAGAUAGAUAAUUCAAAGUACACACAUUCACGUAGAGUCUGGAGCAGACAUUAAUAAGAAAGACUAAAGGUUUUUCUAUCAUCCUGUAAUUUAAUACUAUCUAAAUUAUAUGGCUAUACGUUGUGCA